CUCAUCAGUCCUCAGAACAACAACAUGUUUUCGAGCCGUCCCGCCGCCUCCUCGCUGGGCCGCCCGGCCGCUCUCGUUGCCCAGCGGCGGCUCAGCACCGCCUCCCCGCUGACGUGCAUCCUCGAGGAGCGCCGCGGUCCGGUCGGGCUCAUCACCCUCAACAGGCCAAAGGCGCUCAACGCGCUGUCUCCGACGCUGGUGCGUGAGCUCGUGCAGGAGGUGAAACGGUUCGACGCCGACCCGGAGAUUGGCGCCAUCGUGGUCACGGGCUCGGGCGACAAGGCCUUCGCCGCCGGUGCCGACAUUAAGGCCAUGCAGCCGCUCUCGUACAUGGACAUGCACAAGGCGCGACUCUUCGGCGAGCUGGACGAGCUGUCGUCCGUGAGGACGCCGAUCAUCGCCGCCGUCAACGGGUUCGCGCUCGGCGGCGGCUGCGAGCUCGCGAUGACCUGCGACUUCAUUCUCGCCGCGGACACGGCCAAGUUUGGCCAGCCAGAGAUCAAGCUCGGCACGAUCCCUGGCUUGGGCGGCACGCAGCGCUUCACUCGCGCGGUGGGGAAGUCGCGCGCAAUGGAGCUCGUCCUCACGGGCGACCAGAUGUCGGCGGAGGAGGCGCGUGAGCGCGGCCUGGUGGCGCGCGUGGUGCCCGCCGCGGACCUGCUCGACGACGCGCUCAAGACAGCAGGCAAGAUCGCGGCGCAGUCCCAGCCCAUCGUGGCGAUGGCGAAGACGUGCGUCAACGUCGCCUUCGAGACGUCGCUCGCCGAGGGCUUGCGCUUCGAGCGCGCGAUCUUCUACUCCACCUUCGCGACGCACGACCAAAAGGCGGGCAUGGCCGCAUUCGCCGCCAAGGAGAAGCCAAACUUCAAGAACGAGUGAGGUGGCCGGGGCCUGGCGGCGGCGCACGGAGCGGCGCAACGCGGCUGGCGGCUGCACAGGUCGCUCUCGCGCUGCGGUGGACGUGGGCGCCACUAGCAGGCCGCGCAUCAGAGGGUGAUUGGAGCCCUGUACUGACUGGAGAAGCCUGUGAAGAGAGGUGUGGAGGAGUUGCAGUGCGCUACGUCUCAAAUAGGCGCUGUUUUUUGUCAGGAUUAAAGUACACAUACAAGAAGCUAGUAGCUACGCGCGAGGACCGUCGCUUCGACCGCCGUGGUCCGGGUCAAGCCCUGCAAGCGUCUGCCCUCGAUGGUGCCGACCCACGCGCAGUGCUCGCUCCGGUUCAUCCGCCUCCCCAGCGCACCGAGCUCCCUCCGCGCCAGAGGUAGCGCGUCGGGAGAGCAGCCGCCAGGCGAAAACACGAUCGGCCGGUCGGCGAGGAGCAUCGCGCGGUGGCAUCCGCUGACUCGCAGGGCCGCCUCGAGCUCCCCAAAGUUGCUCACCGCGGCGGAGACGUUCUCGGAGCCCGCCUUGACCUGCACCGCCUCGCGCCGCGCCGCCUGCCACCGCUCGAGCGGCGGCGCGCCCAGCGCGGCGAGCAGGUCGCGCAGCACGCCCGCCAUGUCGAGCUGCAUCGCCUCGUAUGCGACGUAGCGCGUCACGCCGCGGCCGGUCGAAUGCGCAAAGUUCUCUGCCACCUGAGCGAUGCG